UUCCUGCGCAACGGUUUAGCUGUCAUGAAGGACUCUUGUAAAAUACGAUAGAAAAGAAAAUGCUUACGUUACCAGCCUCAAAAGCCAUAUCAUCAAAUCACCAGCUUCAUAAAGGGUCAGAUAAAUCGUCAAUAAACCUACCAGAAAUAAAACAAACAGUUCAGUUUACAGGUUCAACGAAAUCCGUUCCGAAGUCGGAAUCGACGAAUACUAACAGUGCCAAACGCAAAUUUACAAAGAAGGGAGAUAAAAAAGAAGAAUUUGAUCCAGAUAAAAUAGCAGCCGCAGUGAGAUAUGCACAACUUCAAGCUAUAUUUGCUGCAGACGAAGACGGGCUUGACAUUGACGAAUUUAAAGACGCCAUGAGAAAGACAGUCGGACAUAGAAUGACCGAUACCGAAAUUGAAUUCCUAUUCAUGAAAGUAGACGCAAACUGUGAUGAAAAGGUGGACUGGGAAGAAUAUGUUACAUAUAACUUAUUAGAGUAUCAAGGGAAAACGCUGAUGAUUGAGAUGAUGCGUCAGAGACCACUCCCGCAAGAAACAACUCCAAUACCUAGUAAACACCGGGAAAGUAUAGUAGCUGUUAAAUUCUAUCCCUCGAUUCAGAAAAAGGCAGGUAAAAACUUCUUAGAUCACACAAACGGUAAAUAUGUAACCCUUAGCAAAGAAGGAUUGAUGUCGACAUGGAAUAUGAACAUGAAACAUAUAGAAAGUUACCAUGUUAUAACUGAUGUCGCAGAUCGAGCAACACACCCCUGGAUGGUUGAUAUGGCAUGCAUGUAUAAUGUUGGUAUGAUUGCAUUAUCCUCAACGGACCGUGACAUUACUUUAUAUGACAUACAUGGUAAUAAUUUUUUGAAGCGUUACUACCUAACAGGACUAGACGACUGCAUUACAUGUAUGGACUACUGGGUAAAUUUACAAGAUCUAAAUCAUGCAAUUUUUGCUUUUGGAGACACGUCUGGGAGUGUCACCGUUUUUGUGUUCGACCAAUGUGUCACUGGAGGUCUUUUUGGGUGUUUUGGUGCUAAACGGAAUUCAUGCAAACAGAUAAGUGUACCAGAAAUUAUAAGAGGUUUCUUUAAAGGAGCUAAAGGAUAUAGAUUUAACAGAUUACAUUCGGACUGGGUAUUACAGGUUAAAUAUAUUCCAGAGUUGUCUUCCAUAGUGUCUUGCUGUCAAACCACAGAAACAUCUUUGUGUGUGUUCGAGUUUGAAAAGAAAAGAACAAAUCAGUCUGUUUUUAAAAUUAACAAAGGAAUUCUUUGUUUCGACUAUUGUCCGGAAAACAACAUACUGGUCACGGGAGGUAUGGAUUAUUGGGUUAGAGUAUGGAACCCGUAUGUAUGUAGCAAAGCAAUAUCCGUUCUAAAGGGGCACACAAAACCGAUCAGUCACGUAAUUAUAAACUCUCGUAGAAAUCAGACGAUAAGCAUUGAUAAAGCAAAAAACAUACGUGUGUACGACUUAAAAGACCAAGCAUGUCUCCAGCAAGUCGGUGGCAGAGUUGUCAAACUCGGAAAAUAUUCUUUGUCUGCAGCAUACUUUAACCCUGUUUUACAGACUCUAAUCAUAGCCACAAAUCAGCUUGCCAUGCUAGAGAAAACGGACGAAGAAGUACAAGUAGCAGAGAUACGAUCACAUAACAAACCAGUUGUAACAGCAAUUUACAACAAGACAUUCAGGUUUAUUGUAAGCGCAUGUCAAGAUUCUGUUAUUAGCGUUUGGGAUUUACACAGCGGAGAGAAAGUCAUACAGACGGUAAACGCACACUCGCGUGCAGAAAGAGGAUUUGAAGUUCCAGUAGAGAUAACAACAAUGACGUUUGAUGGACCACAAAGACGUGUCAUCACCGGUGCAAGAGACGGAAGUGUCAAGGUGUGGAACUUUAAUAAUGGAAAUUGUCUACAAACAUUCAUUACACCCGAGAAUAUGGAAGUAAGCGGAGUAGUCAGCGUUAAUCAUCGAAUUAUUGUAGCUGGAUGGUCAAGACAAGUACACAUUUUUCUUGAUGGUGGAGAUGAAGAAUAUAGAAAAGACUGGAAACAAAAGCAUAACGAAGACAUUUUGUGCAUGGCACAUCUGAGUCCAAACAUCAUCGCUACAGGUUCAUAUGAUGGCGACAUUAUCGUUUGGUCACGAGACACAGGACAAGUUUAUUGCACUUUAAAUGCUAGCAAAGGCACACAACCAAUCGGUGAAAACAAAACAAAGCGCUUUGAAAUUCGUCCAGAGCCAGCUUUGAAUGAGAUCCAAGAAGAAGAUGAUGAAAUUUCAUUAGAUAUACUGAAUACAUUUGGAUCCGUUGCAAACGAAGAAAUGAUGAAAAUGAAAACUAGAAAGUUAAGUUUUUUGAAACAAAAUAAGGACAUUUUGAGUAGAGUGAAAGAAAACGUACUGCUUAAAGAAAACAAGUGGUCCCGGAAGUUGAAUCGUGUGGAUGAAACACAGGUAGAUCACCCGUUACUCCCAUUAUUUCACAGUCAAUCGCCAGUAUCCGAAGAGGGAAACAAAAACCAGCCAAGCAGACGAGAGGAGUAUGACGAACUGUGCAAACUCUAUGAGUCAGCGAUCGAAUGCAUUCUGUUCUUGGAAUCGCGUGAUCGAGAAAACGGAGAAACAGCAAUCAUGAUGACAAGCGGUGCUGAAGGUUGGGUUCGUGCUUGGUCAAUUCAUCACCAGGGCGGACUUUUAGGUCAGUUUAAUGCUUCUCACAAAGUUGGUGAAAGUGUGCAUACAAUGAGUACAGAUGUAAACAACAAAUUGUUGUUCACUGCAGAUAGCUGUGGUUAUGUAAAAAUUUGGGAUAUAACAGAAUACUGUACGAAAUCAGUCUUAUCAGCGUCACAGAGAGCCAGUCGAUGGAAUUAUCUCAAUGAGACCUUCACAUAUGUUAGACUUAUGUAUUGUUCUGAGGAACCACCAGUAAGUCUUGUUACGGCGGAAAAGAGACCACCCAAUAUUGCUACUAGACCACCGCCAUCGUCAACGCUGCCAAAAAUUACUUUGAAAUGGCCUUUCUUGGUAAAUUCAUUUCGUGCUCACACCAAAAUAAUUAACAAGAUUGAGUAUGUUGAAGAAGUCAAACUUCUUAUCACUGCUAGCAGUGAUUGCGCAAUUCGAGUUUGGACUUUGAAUGGAUGCUACAUCGGUACAUUCGGUGAGCCUUGGCAGUCAAUCCCUACGGUCUUAAAACGUGUACCAACAGCAAGGAUUCGCAUCCCUUCAGAUUUACAUCGUAUCGGUUCAUCCAGUACUCUGAAGGUCCUUAACCAAGGGCGUUCGGGUUUAUGGACGCAAGCAAUUGAUGCAGCUGUGAUGCUUUCUCGAACGAAGUCUGCGGAGGAGGAAGAAGAGGACGAAUUUGAAAUGGUGACUGACGAUUUGGUUUCUGACACACUUGAUAAGAGCGACCAACACGAAAAGCCGAGAUCAGCUCAUUCAGGUCGAACAAAAGCUAAAAAGUGUGGUGGAAGUGAGAUACUAGGAAAAACUUACAAGAAAACAAUGAGACACAGAAUGCUUCCAACCAUGGAUAAGUUUGUUCAAAUUAACUCUUCGAUUUCUGUCUUCCGAUGUUUACCAUACUCUGAUCUUAACCUGGACAUGGACGCAGAACAAAUGAAGGUUUUGGAAGACAUAAGAGCAAAGUAUUAUAGUGGAACGGUUCUAAGUAAAAUGAAAGGAGAAUCUCGAAAACAGGAGAAAGGACCUGCAUUGAUUGGACUAUUCAAUAAAAUAACCAACAAACCCCCGUUGCCAAAGGGUAAAAAUCAAAUGGGUAGAAUUAAGCGAGCACAAAACAAGAUUCAGAAGAAACCAGAUUCCCUCUUUGCUGAUUUAAAAGUUAAAGAAUCACCCCAUGAGACGGACCUCAUCGAUAAAAUAUUGGCGGAGGGCACAAAAUAGCAAAAAAGAGCAUCAUAUUCAAUCUACGGAUCGUUUACACGGACAAGUGCACAAUGGCACAGCAUAGCUGUAUUAUUGCGCUACCACAGACAAUGGAUAUACACAGACCAUAACGACACAAGUGCGAUGUUUCACACAACGGAUAGUGGACAACUACAAUGUGUAUAGACAGGCUUUUUAUGAACAAUUUUUUAAAAUGCUUGAAUUUCUCCCAAUUUCAUGCCUAUAUAUAUUUUGUGGCUACAUGUUUCUAGACAUUGUGUACAAGAAAAAGGGUUCUUCUCUCGGCGUUUACCAGUACUUUAAAAUAGUGCGAUUUGGCCGAAAUUCGUGUAUAAAAGGAAACACUCCAACAUGUGUAAUUGUGUUGCUGUCAAAUUGACAUUUACUAACAUGUUUUAUUCGUGAAAAAAAUUUAGUACUAGAA